AUGAUUGUGUCUAUUAUCUUACCACCUCUGCACGGCGACUGCAGCGACUGCUGCUGCACCAGGCACGAAAUAUAUUUAAACACCUGCGAGCAGCAACAGCAGCAGCAACAGCAGCAGCAGCAACAGCAGCAGCAGCAACAGCAGCAGCAGCAACAGCAGCAACAGCAACAGCAGCAGCAGCAACAGCAGCAGCAGCAACAGCAGCAGCAGCAACAACAACAGCACACAGUCAUUCAGCAGCAGCAUCAACAACUGCAGCAACAGCCGCAGCAACAACUACCGCAGCAGCAGCAGCAACAGCAGUAG